AUGAAAGCUGGUGGCGGCACACACCGAACGUGUCGUUUCAGUGCAUUGAUCGUGGUCGUGCUUGCUGAGGCACCGAGCAAGCUGGCUCGCCGAGUUGCCAUCGGCGUGGUGGUGAUCGGGCUGUCCGGCAGGGACGCUGGUGAGGAAGGUGUAGGAAAGUCGUGCCUGUGCACGCGUCUCGUCAACCCAGGUGUUGAUCAGUACGACGCAGUGGGUGAAGCACAUUCGUCCGUGUACACGCAUCGCGAAUUUCAGCAGAACAUCAUCAAUGGAGAUCAUUUCCUCUUCUAUGGGACAGGUGAGCGAAGGCUGCCUGGUGUGACGGUGGAUUUGCAGGUCGUUGAGCACACGGAGAUACUGGAUGGGGGAAAGGAUGGCAAGGUGGCUAGCCCCAAACCCUUCUCUCCACCAGGCCUCAGACGCUACAGCGACCGGGCGCUGGCGACGAAGCUGAGCUCGGCGGGGAAGAAAGUCUACUCCAACCAUGCCCGCACAUCACGGGGCAUCACACAGCAGCCGCACGCCAGCUUCCCGGGCGAGUUUCGCCCCACGCACUACAUUCUGGUCAUGGACCCGACGGCGUCGUCGAACAGUCAGCAACGGCAGCGUGCGCUGAUAGCUCUGCUGUGCAGCUCGCUGGGCAGUAACACGCGUAAGGCCGUGAUAGCCGUGAGCAAGUGUGACCGGCUGAGCGCGGACAAGAUAGCCACCAUGGAGCGCGAGAACGAGCACCUGAGCAAGAUGCUGCAAGUGCCGGUGAUGUGUGUGUCGGCGAGCAAGAACAUCAACAUCAACGAACUGGUGCUGCUCCUGUCCACGCGCGGCCGCGGCAGAACCUUCCGCGGUGGACCGCCGUAUGCCGACACGGAGCUUGCCAUGAAACGGCAAACUGACGACGCCAAGGUGGCACUGACGAGUUUGCUAAGGCAGCGGGUCACCGUAUUCGAGGUGGAAUGGAAGUCCGUGCAAGCCGAGCUCAAUCAAGAGCAGCCGUUCUACGUGACGUGCUAUUUGGCCGGUGUGCAAACAGCACGCACUCUCUUCCAGGAACGCCUGCUGGAGAUCAAACUGGACGCGGUCAAGGCCAUUGUCAAGGAAGAAGCACGGCAGAGCAACAACAGCGAGUACGGUGCUCUGGCCGCCAGCCUCCUGAUGGAGAAAGCAAGAGACAUUGAGCAGUCACUCAGUUCCCAUCCGGAGUUUGCCAACGCCAAGGAAGACAUCAUUAGCCCGUACAUGAAAGUGUCGCGAGAUCAGUUGACGGAAACCCUGGGCCUCGACCCCAGUACCAUCAACACUGUAGAAGAAGGAGGUUAUGUGCAAUUUGUUCGGAAUGGCUCUGACCCCAAGAACAGGCCGGGCAGGAAGACGUCUACUGCGACUACUUCUCUCCACUCAGAGCCUAUCCCGCCUCGUCGUUCUCCAUACGAAAUGCGACGUCCGCAUGCUCCUCCUCAAAUGCCCGGCAAUACUGGUGGCGGAAAUACCAGGAAUAUUGAGACAAGCCCACCAAGUCACUCCCUGACCAGCAUGAACCUUGACUCGCCGCGCCCGGAGUUACGUGGCGGUCCCAGCUACGAACAGCACCACCGAACACUGUCCAGUAGUAGUAGCAGCGGUGCUUCCACCGUCGACCGCGCACCGAGUCCAAACACCUACAGGGCUAGCGAGAACACACGGCAGUCGCCGGAGAUGACGGCUCUGUACGGUGGCAGUGGUGGCAACACGGCGGCGGGAGCUAGUACAGCCAGCACAGCUACCUAUGGCAGUGCAGCGAGUCCAGCUACCUAUGGCAGUGCAGCGAGUCCAGCUACCUAUGGCAGUACAGCGAGUCCAGCUACCUAUGGCAGUGCAGCGAGUCCAGCUACCUAUGGCAGUGCAGCCAGCACAGCUACCUAUGGCAGUACAGCGAGUUCAGCUACAUAUGGCAGUGCAACGAGUCCAGCUGCCCCAGAUAGCCACUCACGCACUCAUUCCCUGAGCAGCACCUCACAACCGUCACAGCCGCCCUCAACCAUGUAUGGCUCAUCUAGCACUCCGGGCAAGAUGCCAAGAAGCGCACCCAAGAACAGCUGGGGCUCAGCUACACUUCCUGCUAAUAUGCACGGUCCAGGCAGCAAGCCUGCAAGGUUUACUGGAUCUUUACCAAGGCCAAGGUCACCGAGUGCUGCUAGUGAUAAUAAAAAGAGACCUAUGCCAUAUGAAAACAGGACACUGCCACGGUCCCUAGCGUCUGGGCCCAACCAGGAAUCAACACGCCCCAUGCCCAGUCCCCGUCCUUCUGUAGAGGACGAGGUGAGACAGCAGCAAGAGAAGGAUGCGGAAGACCACUACAUAGAGUUCACAGGUGAAGGCAAGGCCAGGGAGCCUGACGGCUACGAUGACGACAGCAAGAUCUACGAGGAUGUCAGCGACGAGGAGGGCGUCAUGAAUAAAGACGUGGAGGCGGAGACCGAGGAUGGAAACUGUGUUUACAUUGUGCCCAACAGUGCGAGGCGAGGGGAAGCUACGCGUUCAGGACAUGACAGUGACAUCUACGAUGACUUAGAUUUUGCCGAGGAGCAACUGGCCAUCGAUCCUUACAGUGAGUUCAGCAAAACACUUGCCGAGUGUGAUGAAGAAGACGAUGGCAGUGAUCCGUAUGCGCGCUGCAAGAUCCGAGGACCGUCCCUCAGGAAGCAGACAUUAAGUGCUGGUUACUCGACAGUAAUUACACAGCCGGUGCCAAGCAGCCAAUAUGGAACUACGAACCGAAGCAAUAGUGAAGCAGAUGAUGUCCAUCAUGACAGUGACGAGUUUGAAGGUGACUAUAGCGUUCCUGGGGAGCUUUCGUCGCCGUACGACACACCACUCCCGUUCGAUCAAACUGAAAGUCAGUAUGGGCAGCCUGUGCCAGGCUACAGCACAACUCGGCAAGACGGUGAAGUAGCUACGCUAGCCAGGCGCUUACCUCUGUCAAGCACAGGCUCAGCAGAGCGCAAUUCUAGCGGAUAUGACAAUCGGGAGCUGGUCUUGGCAGAGGCAAGAGCCAGACAUCAUGCUCUUGCCAGCGAACAACAGGCUGCCGCUGCUGGUGUUCUGCCAGUUAACUACUCAGCCGAUCAGGCAGCUAUCACCAACGUGGCUGAAGACGUAGGUGGAGAGGAGGAGGAAACUCCAUACGAUGACGUUGAAUUUGAUGCCGAGAGCCUGUACAUGAAUGUGACUGAAUGGAUCGAGUCCGGUGGUGGUGCACUGCAUACCGAGAGGGGAAAUCCCCCUGUCUUGCCCAAUGCCGUCCCCAGGUAUCCCAAACCUGCUCCGCGUGGUUCAACUAUGCCCGGCAGGAAAACUACGUCUGGUGGUCUUAAGUCUCCACCGCCACUGCCUGGUGAGGGAGAUGCCAUGUCCCCCAGCACACAAAGUCCCCCGCUGCCGGGUGAGGGUAAUGCCUCGAUAUCUAUGUCACCACCAAACAGAUCGGGUGAAUAUGGAGAAGAAUGCCCGCCACCUCUGCCAGAUAACACUGCUGCUGGUGUGCCUCCACCGCUGCCACCCGAUGGCCAGCAUGGUGAGGAGGAGAGUUGGCCUCGCACUCAGUCGCAACGAAGACCAAAGGGCCCGCCACCUCUGCCAGGAGACGAGAGGCUACCACACGAACGCGUGAUGUCCUCACCGCCACCGUUGCCUGAACAAGAUAGUGACGGAAGUAGCAUGCCGCUGCCACCACCACCGCCACCACUGCUACCUGAACAAGAAGACUUUCCACCGCCUCCACCUCCACCGGAUGAUGGUGACACAGUGCACCAGCAGCAAUGGCUCAGCAAUGCAGCAGUACCCCCACCUCUGCCUUGUGACACCAAUGCUCCACCUCCUCUACCAGAUGACUGCAAUGCUCCCCCUCUACUACCAGCUGCCUCCUCUGGUCCUCCACCUCUGCCCGGGGAGGACUAUCACGGACCACCACCACUUCCUGGAGAAGACAACAAGGCUCCACUAUUGCCUCCAGAUCCUGACAACAAUCAAUCCACACUGCAAGUUAGUGCAAGUGACGGCUCCCAAUCUAAAGCAAGACCGAUCGCACCUAGUGCAAGGCUUCAACAGCCACUUCUUGCCACAGCUCCCAGACGAAGACCACGAGCAGCAACAUCACCACCACCAUUACCCCCCAGCGAAGAUGGCCGACCCGCAACGGUCGCUGCUGCUGCUGCUGCUGCAGGGAGACGGACAGCCGGACCACCAGUGCGCCUCCGACACACAACACCAGAAAUCAGCGCAGUUCCUCCGCCAUUGCCCGGCGAGAAUGGAACGGACAGAGUGCACCCAAGGAGCGCUUCGGUGAGUGAGGCUCCGCAAUCCAUGGGCCAUUCUACAUCUUCUCUGCCGGCCAGCAAAAGGCUUCCCAUUCGCAGUACACCUCGGGGAGGAGGAAGUGCUGGUGGCCCACCACCACUACCUGGUGAAGAGCAGCCUCAAAUACCGGCAUUACCCAGGGGAAGGGAUAGUCAGCCACCCAAAGCUAGACCGGGAACACUGCCUAGGUCUAGAGCGAGCUAACACGUUGAUGAAACCAGUUGUAACGCCGACCGCAUCCAUCUACUUGUCAGUGGCAUACAGUGACCUCAUCCUCUGCUUGUCACUGCACAUUUUGUAGGAGCGGAACUGGAUAUCAAUGCACGCUCGUGUGAUGAUGCGGCGGCCAUUCUUCGAGAAAGGGAGAGAUUGGUCACGGCAACCAUUCACCACUGACUGCAGUGCUUGUUUAAUAACAGUUAAUGCUUACCACGUGCAGUGCAGUAGCACUGCCACAGCUGGCCUUGUCUGCACCGUGUGCUUUGUGCUACGUGACUUUCAUCAAAUUGUCAACGAACCGUUUAUGCCUGCCAUUGUAUCCAUCAAUGCAACAACUGUCUUCUGUUUAUUUGGCAUUUUCGUUUCUAUGUUUUAAAGCACCACAAUCAUGAGUCACCCUUGACACAUCAGAACUGAUAGAUUUACAGUGGCUUGAUAAAUUACACACCGUUCGCACUCGCUGUAACCAUGAACUACUAAUAAGAUUGUCCUGCAUUUGGACUGGCAAGUCAGCAUUGCUCGUUUACCGUUUCGACGUGAUAACUCACAGUGACAAACACGCACACACACACACACACACACGCACACGCACACACACAAACACACACGAACACACACGCACACACACACGCACACACACACACACGCACACACCAGCAAUUCACUUGCUUAGUGUUAACUCGGGCCACAACCCUGGCCGACUGUACCUGUACGUCUAUCACCACUUCUCUAUGCCGGAUAUACUGCAAACUGCCAGAUUAUCUUUUAUUUUACCUGGCAAGCUUCUGCCAACAAAACGCACUGUCAAAUGUCAGACUGCACAUUCAAAUGUCAAAACGCAAUAAUGAGGUUCUGUUCUACGUGGAACGUAGAGAA